AUGAAUUAUGAUGAAGUUCUUCCGCAUUUGUCGAGAGGCAAUUUCGGGAAAUAUCAAACGAAAAUUUACAUUUUACUUUGCUUACCGUCUUUGAUAAUUGCUUUUCAUAACAUGAGUGGUGUGUUUAUUCUUGCUGUGCCAGAUCAUAGAUGCAAAUUAGAUGGAGAAUUGUCAAAUGCGUCUUUUAAAUUACCUGACGACAUUCUAAAUUAUUCAAUUCCGUUCGACAACUCAAAACAAGAAUAUUCAAAGUGUGAAUACUUUAGAGCAGAUUCAAGCGAAGCAGUAAAAUGUUCAGAAUUUAUUUGGGAUGAAAGUAAAGUAGAAAGUUCAGCAGUGAAAUCAUUUGCAUUAGUUUGUGAUCGUGGAAUUUUAAAAGCGACAGCCGAAGCAAUUUACAUGUUUGGAAUUUUGAUGGGAUGUUAUUGCUUUGGAAGCUUUUCAGAUAAGUUUGGAAGACGACCAGCUUUUAUGCUUGCAAUGCUUAUUCAAAUUUUGUUUGGAUUUUUAACUGCUUUCGCACCUGAAUAUCUGUCGUUUGUGAUAUUUAAUAUGAUUGUCGGAACAACAACAAGUGGAGCGUUCUUAUCAGCUUAUUGCUUAUCUCUUGAGAUGGUUCGCAAGGAAUCCAGGAAUUAUGCUGGGACUAUCAUCUUGAUGUUCUUCUCUACUGGUUACAUGUUGGUUGGAGCAUUUGCCUAUUUUAUCCAUAAUUGGAGAUGGCUUAAGAUCUCCUUAACACUCCCCAGCCUGCUUUUCCUUUCAUAUUGGUGGUUUAUUCCCGAAUCAAAUCGUUGGCUUUUAGUAAACAAUCAAAAAGGCAGAGCAUUCGCACAAAUCGAGAAGAUUGCAAAAACCAACAAGGUCAAUAUACCUAAAGAUAUAUUAAAUAAGCUCGUAGCUGAAGAGGAUGACAAUAAAAACCAAAAAAAAUCGCUUUUUGGACUCUUCAAGUCUCCAAAAUUACGUAUCAAAUCACUUCUUAUCUUUUUUUAUUGGUUUGUCAUUUGUGGCGCGUAUUAUGGAUUAUCAUGGAAUACCAGCAAUUUGGGUGGAAAUGAGAUUAUAAAUUUCGUAAUAAGCGGAGCUGUUGAACUUCCAGCAAAUUUCUUUCUUUUAUUUGCACUUAAUCGAUUGGGCCGAAAACCAAUUUUAAUGGGAGGUAUGAUAAGUGCGGGUGGAUUAUUUUUAAUUUCAAUCUUCUUUCAACAAUCACAUACAUGGAUAUUCAUUUCUCUAAUAAUGUUGGGAAAGAUGACAAUUACAGCAAGCUUCACAACAGUUUACAUUUUCUCAGCUGAACAAUUCCCAACAGUCAUUAGAAAUGUUGCAAUUGGAGCUGCAAGCAUGUCAGCAAGAUUUGGUGGAAUGAUCACGCCUUACGUCUUUUAUUUAUCCAAUUAUUGGCAACCAGCACCUUUUUUGAUUUAUGGCAUUGCAGUAUCAAUUGCAGGAAUUUCUGCAAGUUUUCUCAGCGAAACUGUCAACAGACAACUGCCAGAAACACUUGCCGACGGCGAUGAAUUGUAA